AGCACAUUUUGAUCGGUACACUUCCUGCUUUUACUUCUUUUACUUCCUGCUUUGCUCCAUAGUGCCACAGUAUGAGCCAUAAUACCCAUAAAACCUAGCAGUCAAACAGGGAAAUGGUUUCAAUCAUUUUUCGACCAUUCAUUUUUACCAUAGGAAACACUUAAAACAAGGGCUGUGUUCCGUGUAGGCUUACCCCGGCUCUCUUGGACAAGGUCACUUUUAUCAAUAUAGUCGCCUGCAAUUACCCCCAGAAAUGAAACGCUAAUUAGCCGCUAAUAUACAGAACUACACAUCUUGUCGCAAGAUUUGACGUCAUCCCUUAAGGCACAUUUCUCCAUGCAGUAACCUAGCAAGAAACAUCUUUGGUGAGGAUGUUGGUAGAAGACGUGGUGGCAGUGUACCCCUACCCCCUGGCUCUCCUGUCCAUCUUCCACAAUGACUGGAUCGUUGGGGACAUGCACUGCCAGCUCAGUGGCUUCAUCAUAGGCCUCAGUAUCAUUGGCUCUGUCUUUAACAUCUUGGCCAUUUCCAUCAACCGGUACAUCUGCCACAGCCUGCACUAUGACCACAUGUUGUGCACCAGGAACACCUGCUGUUACAUGGGCCUCACCUGGCUGCUCACUGCCAUGGCCACAGUGCUCAACUUCUGCAGUAUGACCCACGCCUCUACUCCUGCACCUUCACCCAGACUGUCAGCUCCUACUAGACCAUCUCUGGUGCUGAUCCACUUCCUGGUGCCCCUCUCGGUGGUCUGUUACUGCUACCUGAGGAUCUGGGUGUUUAUCAUCCGGGUGAAACCAGAUGACAAGCAGAAACUAAAGUAACUUCUUGACUAUGUUUGUGGUGUUCCUAAUGUUUGGUGGGCUGGGGACCACUAAACAUUAUUGGCCUGGCACUGGCCAUUAACUCGGGAAUGGUGGCAGCAAAUAUCCCAGAGUGGGUCUUUGUCACCAGGUACUUUAUGGCCUAUUUCAACAGCUGUCUCAAUGCUGUCAUCUACGGGUUUCUCAAUCAGAACUUUUGUAAGGAAAACAUACACAUCCUCUUACUGCUGUGUACCCAUCAAACAAUUUUUAUGUAAGGCUACAGGUGUUGGACUGAGGGAUUUAAAAGAACAAAUAAACCAUCCAGUGGCGAGCCGUCAUUCAGCCCCACAUUUCUAGCAAAAAUGGCCUGUUUUGCAUGUUAUUUUAGCAUUAAUACGUGUCACAUAUCAAUUUACAAACAAGGUAAAAAUAAUAUAUACAAUUGAGUUAUUAAAGCCGCAUACAAACAUGGUCUCUUUUUUGUUUUCUUGAGUAAGGCAGCUCCAAAAUGCAGGUGUUUCAGCCUAGCUCAGUGCUUUCUGUGGUGGUGGGGCAAGCCAACAGAAAAUACGGAGCGUUGCGCUGUGAUUGGCUCAGUGUUCUGUCACUCAUGGGGACUUUACGUUACUGCCAAGAGGAAGAGGAGACCUUAAAUUCUAGCCCUUCAGGUGUUACAUUAGAAGUGCUCAUCCAAGAAGACUUAAGGUCAUUGGCCACAGAU